AUGGCUUCCUCGGAUCCUCGACCUUUUGCAAAUGGUCGAGGAUCAAUUAAAGAACUGGAAGACAAACCAGACAGCAUAUUUGGUAUAACUUUGUUUCAAGGUGUCCUCACUACCGUCUUGGGAGACGGUCAGAUUGAUCAACAUGAACUCCAACGUGUCGCAUCUUUUGGUCCAGUUUUCAUGUCCAAAGACUUUCAAGAAGCUAUAUCCCUCGUCAUAUCUGGAAAGACUAGCAUUGAGGAAGUCAAGCUCCGCACCUGUCUACUUCAUAAAACCAAUAGUAUUGCGAAUCGGGUGGCAGUCCAAGUGGAGCUGAAAGAUGUAAAUACUUCAAAAGAAACGUUUACCGCUGGUCGAGAGAUCGAGCGAGAAGGCUCCCUUGUUGUCAAUUUGGCGUUAGGACUGUCUCUCGUACUCCGCCGGGCUCCAGAAGUUCUGCCAACUUAUAGUGAAAAUCAGCCGUCUGGAUCUCGAUCUGCUCCAGCUCUUGUAAUUAGCAUUCAUUCUCGCGUCAUCAUUGCUAUUCGAAAUGUAUUUAGCACUGCAGCCCUCUUACCUGAAGAGUCCCAGCUCUCCAAGCAAGAUCGUGAUCGUUUUGAGGAGUGGAUUGACGAUGAUUCAGAUUCUCGAGAGUCCAAGGCCAUUGUGGAAAAGUAUCUCAACUACUUAGAUCACAUUGGUGUAUCUCAUGAUGAGGAUGACUUUUUGGAGUCUCUGUCUGGAUUUGGGCUUGCGGUGAACCUUUGUCUUGCUAAAUUAAAUCGUGCAUCUGCUCAAACUACUGUGGUACUAACCGUCUCACCAUCUGAAAUGGCUUCAGUUGACGAAACUGAAGUAAACGAUGGUCAUGAGAGUGACAGGUUUACUGAAGAUGGAAGUGUUAUCAAUGCUUCCGAGUUUGAUCAAGAUUGA